CUACCAAAAACAAUAUUUGAUAAUGGUAGUACCCUUCCCCUUCAUUGCUGCCGCAGCCGCUUGCCGGAACGCUCCACCGCCGAUCUUCUUUCGUCUCUGCUGCAACCUCACGCCAACACCAACCCCGUCUUUCGUCGAGAGUAAGGGAGAUGGUGAUUCCUCCUCCAGUUAGGCCACCAAGAUUAACGCAGUAUCUAAAGCCAUAUGUCUUGAAGAUGCACUUCACAAACAAGUAUGUGAGCGCGCAGGUGAUCCACUCCGAAACGGCCACCGUUGCUUCGGCUGCAAGCUCACAGGAGAAGGCGCUGAAGCCGAGCAUGGAUUCAACAAGGGAUGUGGCUGCUGCUGUAAAGAUCGGGAAAUUGUUGGGAGAGAGGCUUUUGCUUAAGGGAAUCCCAGCUGUUUGUGUGCACUUGAAAAGAGAACAGAAGUAUCAUGGUAAGAUCGAAGCUGUUGUUGACUCUGUGAGGGAAGCAGCAGGUGCGUUUUAAAACUUUGAGGUGAAGCCCAGAAGGGAAAGCUCUAGCAGACACGUUAUAAAACUUUGAGGUGAAGCCCAGGAGGGAAAGCUCUAGUAAACGCAUUUUAAAACUUUGAGGUAAAGCCUAGAAGGGAAAGCUCUAGCAGAUGCGUUUUAAAACUUUGA